UUGGAUACGAGCUGGCGGAAGCGCGCGCACUGUGGCGGUCUGUAGACGACAACAUCAACAUGGAGACUCCACAGAGAGUGGAGGCCUCUCCUCACAUGCCAGAAGAUGAAGACAACGACGUGAGUCAGUCUGAACAUUCAUCCAUGAGUCAUCUGGAUCCUUCUAGUCAACAUGGUACCAGUCAGGAGCAGAGUCAUCCCAGACUAACCACUGAUGAUUUGGAGCAUCAACGGCUUCACUCUCUGGACUUGGAAUUUCAGGACAGUAACUUGUCUCCAGCCCUUUUCCUGAUGCCUGUAAACUCAGGAGUGGAACCCAACCUCACUGAAUAUUCUUUAUUCCAACAAAGUGACAAUGAAUUUGCACCUUUAAGGGCAUAUCCUGACGUCUCCAUGGCAUCAGAGAGGUUUCAUUCUUCACUCCAGGGUCGCACCUCUCAGGCCUCAGAGAGUGGCUCGCUGUUUCAACACCCUUUGGCUCAGACAACUAUUCUCUCUGAGGAAGCAACAAGCAGCUGCUGCUCUCUGUCACUAUACAGUUUACCACCAGUGGACAAAGCCAGACAAGAAGAAAUUGAUCACUCCCUACUGACUGCCAUCACUGACAGACAGGAAGCACUAAAGAAGGACUCAGAGACACAAUCUGACCGACUAGCAGAAGAGGCACUGGAUGAUGACACAUACUUUCUGAGUAAGGAUAUUCCUGCCCAGCAUCUUCUGGAGCUCCUUGAGAAAGAUGUCGGCGUGCCUAACACCAGCAGUAGUGCAGUUUCCUCUGCUUCUGAGGUGUCUGUGAAGAAAACUGUGUCAAAAAGCACCAAUGUUUGUAAAUCAGACAUUCACCAAAGCCAAUUUAGAAGAGAACGUCCUCCAGGUGAAGCCUCUCUGCCGGAACAGCAGGCACAGCAAGCUGACCAGUCACGGGAACUAUCAUCUGAGGUCUCCAACAUCACCAUGGGCUCCCGCAGCACCCGGCCUGAUACCAGCAGUGAAAUGUUACACAGGGAGCUGCUGUCUGAGGUCACGAGGCACAGCAACCUUGAAGCUGAAUCAAGAAACCAACCACUUCUUGGUCCAUGUGUCACUCCGUAUCCCACAAAAGCAUCUGAAGAAAAAAACAGUGCAACAGUGCAGCCGUCGACGGGGCCGUUUUCAGCCGGUGUUGAACGGCUUCACAGAGAGCAAGACAUCUGGUCCUCAGGGAACCAAACGGGCAUUGAUGGGUCCUACCUGGGUUUCCUGCCACAGUCUCAGUCAACUCCAGGGGUUUUUAAGGCCCCACCUAAAUCCAGUGUCAAGGCUACAUUAGGCCGACUUUCUGCCAUAGAAUCUGAUAAAGAGGACUCUAAUCCAUCAAGUUCCAGGAUCUCUCCACAACCAGCUAUUUCUGAACGUGAUGUCCAUCACCCAGGCACAGCAAGUCAGUGCCGUGAAGAAAACACCUCUGCAAAAGUCCAAUCGCUUCCAAGUCUCAACUACAUGCAGAAAGUAGACGCUUGGCGGGCCAAUCACAGUUCCUGCAAAACUUCACUGUUUGAUAGUUUAGCACUGCAAGGUUUUUCUGGGGUAUCUCCGAAAAAGAAAGCGUAUGACGCAGUUUCUGACUCCCUGAAUCGCAUACUGAGUGAGCAUCUACAGAGUGCUGCUACGCAGAAUGUCACACAGAGCCCCUCUGAUGCUCCAUCUACCUCCGUUUCUCCAAGAAGAGGGGAGGCAGUAGGUAGAGCUCCCAGUGACAAAGAUAACCUCGGGUCUGCAGCAAGACCAUCCAACUCACCCUUUGGUAUGUCGCAGUCCCACUCCUCUCUCAACACGGUCGUCAUGUCGAGCCAGAAAGACAAGGAAACUGGUCAAGCUCAACUGUCACCUCUUCUGAGCCUCGGUCACUUCAGUGACGUGUCGGACGAUAGAAAUUUGACACUUUCAAGUUCACAAGAAAGUUACAACAGUGGGUUGAAGUUGGGAACUUCCAUUGGAGCUUCAUCUAUCAUCAGCCUUGAGGUUGAUAACUACGCUCCGUUCUGGACUUCAAGACCACCGUCAACACCACCUCAGCUCAACAUUGACGAGCGCAUUCCGUUAUAUCUCCACAACUUGGGUAUUGACCAGUCUCCAUCAACAAUCUUGACUCCAUUUGCACCCAGAGGGCCAAUCAGAGAACCUGAAUUCUCUCCCACUGACAUCUGUACGAUUAAAGGAUCUAUUGGAACGCCGACCAAGAGCACACAACCCUCUGAAGCUGAGAGUCCUCAUAAGGGAGAGUUUUCCAGGUGCAGUGUUCUGUCGGUGGACUCGAGUAUAUCCAUACCUUUAAGUCUGGACAGUCUUGCUCCAGCUUUAUCGAUGCCGGAUCAGACCCGACGAACUUCUCCUUCAACAGACACACAAGCUUUCCAGAGUGAAUGCAGACAAGAAGCCAACUUCCAUCCUGAUGAAGACUGUCGCGCCUCCAUUUUGCAGCCCACUCGGCAGCAGCAGCACAGCAGUUUAAUCAGCAGCCAGAGUGCUGUCCAGGUGGGCAAAAGGUCUGACCUGUCAUUAUUUACUAAGCCGAGGUGCACACAAAAAGACUUUGAGUUACCCUUGCGGUCAAACUGCAGCCUGGACAAAAGUAGAGAGGAUUCUUUUGUCGGCUCCAAGGCCUUGUCUAACCUCCAAAAAGAACUCUCUCAGGCAGACAACGUGGUGUCUGCUCGCUCCUCUGCAGCCUCCUCAGCUUCGGCAGCGAAGCGCCAUCUGCUGUCGGAUGGUGACAUUUUUCUCUCAUCCAUGAAGAAAACCAGUAAACCCCAGGAUUCCUCUUUCUCCUCCUCUGCAGCUGAAGAUCGCAAAACUCGAUCUUCCUCACUGUGGACCAGGUCCUCGUCCGAUUCCAUGCUGACCUCAGAUAAUCUGAGGCAAAGCUCUAUGGGUCAGGAGAGUGUGGCCUCGUCAUGGCAACCAGAUUAUCCAUCCACAUCAGCUGUGGUUACUGCACCCUCUGCAGGGUCCGUCCUCUCCAAAUCAGCGCGUCGAGCAGAACCUGAGGGCUGCAGCGCUGCACCUCCUGACAGUACUGUGCCAACACAGCCUGCACAACAGCUCACCUCUGCACCUGCAGAGCCAGAGAACGCCUCAGUGGAGGAACAACAGGCUGCACUUGGAGAUGCUUCACAGAGUAACUCCUCAUCCGCUGCCCCUGAGGACACGGAUCAGGGAGUGUUGAGUGACGGGAGCAGUGAGAGCUCACUGGCAGCCCGAGUGGCCGAGUUACUCCAGAGGGAACCUCCAGCCACCAUGAUGUCCAGCACAGCCAGCAGCACCGACCAGGAGGAGAGCAGAGCCAGAGAGUGGAUCAAGCAGAAGCUCUCAGGACGGCAGUGUGAGCCUCUGGAGUUGGACGAAGAAGAUAAAAAACGGAUUGAAGAGAUCACGAGAGAGCUGCUGCUGAAAUAUCCUAUGAAGAGUCAGCUGAGCACAGAUACUGACAGCAGUGCAGUAUCCAGUGUCAGAGUCCCAAAUGAAAAGGCUCCACCUACCAGUGCAGAGACAUUCACUGACCCCGCUGAUUUAAACAGGCAGCUGGCUCCGCCUCUUUCGGGCAUCAGAACACACCUCGUUGACUCUCACGUCCCUCAUUCCUCAGAAACUCUAGAAGCUCAGGUACAGAAGAUAGCUGCUAGAGAAGGAGUAACCCUCACAUCCAUCUCCAUCUCCGACUGCCGGCGUUCAACCUCCCCCUCUCCCUCUCCGUCACCUGUACCUGCAAUCAGCCCGAGCCCAGAGCUCUCCACAGAGGCAGCUGAACACCCGCAAACUAACAAAGCUCCCACCACAGAUCCAACAUCAGUGUUUGAUCCACCCAGCAACGUAACAUCUCACUUAAUGUCAGGAAAUCAGAAGAGGAGAGAAGCUGUGUGUGGCCAUGAUGCUUCUCAGGGUUUAAGGAGAAAAGAUCUGAAUGUCAAAGAUUAUCUGAGAGUCCACAACACCUCAGAUUCAGGACAAACCUGUGAAUCCCUCACCAGGUCAGGUCACGUCUCACACGUCCAUGUCACUCUGUCUCCCAAAGCCACUGAUCGUAGCUCGGCCACUCAAGCUGAGGUUCUUUCUGGGCUGACGCGUCGAGAAUUCAUUUCCCUCCGACGCUCUCCUUCUGCUGCCAGCAGUCCAGAUGAAGGUGCUGGUUUGUCCAGUCCUGCAGAGUGGCGCGAGGUCAGAGAACCACAGAAACAGAGGACGAUUGAAAGAGUUGACACAUCCACCCUUUUUAAAACGGCGGCACCGCAGGAAAGAAUGACCUCCACGUCCAAACAAACGUUUACACCACAUCUCACACCCGAUGUUUCCAAAAGACCUGUAACCAGUGAAUUACCAGUUCUGUUACCGUACAAACCUCACGGCAGCGAGGACUUCUUCUACGUCCCUCAGUUAGAAGCCGACGUCUCCUCUUCAAACACCUCUGACACCACAAUGGAGAGCUCACACACAGGCUCAGACGACGCUGUGCCCCCCCGCUUCAGCAGCGACGUCCUCGGGCACCAGGACCCGGGGUUAGACCGAGGCGUCACCAUCAGACACACGGAGGGCAUCUACAGCAAGAGGUCAAAAACAGCCACCUUUAAAAUGCAAGAGUCUGGACACAGAGCAGAUAAAAGCUCACAAACAAGUGUGAACCAGACUCCAAAGCGGGUGUCUGUGAGAGACCAGGGAACCAGCCCAGUGCACUUCUUCCAUCACGAUGAUCCUCAAACAACUGUCUUUAUCAAGACGAGACGUCACGUCAACCAAAGCUCAGCUGACCUGCAGGAAAGAGACCAUGAUGAUCCUCAUCCUCAACACAGCAGCAGCAGCAAUCUGGAGCAGCUGUGGCAAAGGUUCUGUGAGCAGAGGAACAUGGACGACUCUCGCCCAACCAGUGACAGAGAGGCGUCGCUGCUGGAGCGACUGGAGCUUCUGUCUCGUUUCAUUCAUAGCAAGAGGGCGGCUAACGUGUCAGGGGCACAGGAGGAGCGUCGUGAUGCUAACAACACAAAACCCAAGCAAGGAAAAAGUCAGGACAGCAGCAGUUUUCACACUGAGGUCAGAGGAAUGCAGAGGAAAGUGGGAGGAAGUGGGAAGUUUGACCCCCGUCAGGCCUGGACACAGACGCUGCAGCCACAGCCUGCAGAAGAAGACAGUCGCGCCUCCUCCACCUCCGCUCUGUCUCACAGCUCCUCCCAGAGUCUGGGCUUCACUCCAGCUGACAGAGACGAGUCAGAGACCACGUCCACCAUUGACACGGACCGGCUGGUCCGAGUGUUCGGCACUCGCAGAGUCCAGAACCAGAGAAGCAGCUCCAGCCUCAGUAAACUCUACAAGACCAUCAACAAGCAGAAAGAAGGGAGGGAGCAGAGGAGAGGGAGACGCCCUCCAUCAGAGACAGAGCAGUCCUCGAUUCUCCCUGAUUCUACGUCGUCCACCUUCACCGUCUCAUCAGAGCGAGGACUCUCAGGAACUCUGACGGUGAAACUGCUCAGCAAAGGCAUUCAGACCGCCAGUGACCUGGAGAUUGUUAGUAACGGGACUCUGCGCCACACCAGAGACGUCGGCACCACUUUUCCCUCGCCCCAUGAAUCCAGAGCACCGAGACAUGUUUUCACGUCAUCAUCCAGAGCAGAGAGAGGAAGAGGAGGGAGAGGAGGAAACAAGACUCCUUCGAAAUGUCAGUCGUCACAUAAACAGAGAAAGAACAAGCGCAGUCCGUCAAAGUUUUACCCUGCAGGAGUUUCAUGGUUUGUCUCUGCCGACGACCUGAGGUCAGAGGCCAGGAAGGAGAACCAGGAGGAGGAGGAGGAGGAGGCGGUGGCAGAGUGGAGGCCAGGGCCAAGCACUGCCAUGUUUGUACCGUACAGCAGAACACGACCGUGGAGAGAACCCCUCAGACUGAGACAAGUCCAUGAAGACAGAAACCUGCAGCAUCACCUCAUACACCACCAUGAACCUCAUCAACACUCCAGAACCAAGACCACAUCCUCUGGUCUCACACAAGUCUCUUUACAGGAGGCGCUGGCGAUGCGGCGUCCAGACUUCAUCUCUCGGUCCAUGCAGCGUCUGAAGCGUCUGACUCUGCAGGUGGAGAAGAGGAAGCUGCACAACGUCUUCACCGGGGAGAGAGACGAGGCUGGAGGAGCAGUGAGGCUGAAGCCUGCAGGUGCUGCUCUGCUCAGGAGAGCUGUUCCCAGGAAGGAGAUGAUCCAGAGAUCCAAACUGAUCUAUGAGAGUCUGCCCGAGGUUCAGAGGAGGAAAGAGGAGGAACGAAGGAAAGCAGAGUACAAAUCUUACCGUCUAAACGCACAACUCUACAACAAGAGAAUCACCAACCACGUCCUGGGCAGGCGAACAGCCUGGCAAUAAUCAAACAAAUCAUUUUUAAAAACAGAUAUUUAUUUUUAGCAGUCAAAUGUUGUAAAGUAGAAGAUAAAAUAAACCAAGUUACUGAAAAA